AUGCAGAUCAUUGUGACGUUUGCCUCGCGUCGCAGGAGGAAACCAAACUUCUUCGUCUUGGAUCGUUUCUUGGAGCAGACGGCUGCGCGUCCGGACCAGGUCUUCAUUGUGUUUGAGAAUGAGCGCUACACAUACGCGCAGACGGACAGGCGCAGCAACCAGCUGGCGCACGCCCUGAGCGCCCAGCCGGGCUACAAAGCCGGGGACACGGUGGCAAUGUUUAUGGGAAACGAGCCCACGUUUCUGUUUACGUGGCUGGCGUUGGCCAAACUGGGCUCCCCCGCAGCGCUGCUCAACCACAACAUCCGCUCCAAGAGCCUCCUGCACUGCUUCAGCUGCAGCGGGGCAAAGGUGCUCAUGGUGGCCCCAGAGCUGAGGAGCGCUGUGGAGGAUGUGGUGCCUUCACUGACACCACAGGGCGUCACAGUGCUGCUUAUGGACAACCACAGCUCCACACCGGGAAUCCUGAGUUUUACAGAGAAAGCGAACACAUCGUCUGACUGUCCACUCCCACGGUCACUCCGCUCACACAUCACAUUCAAGAGUCCAGCUGUCUACAUAUACACAUCCGGCACAACAGGUCUCCCAAAGGCAGCUGUCGUGAACCAGACUCGGCUGCUGAUGGCUCUCGCGGUUCUGUCGUCAAGCGGUGUCUCUUCUGAAGAUGUGAUUUACCUGAACCUGCCGCUGUACCACACCGCCGGCUUCGUCAUCGGCUUCAUCGGGUCCAUCGAGACAGGGUCGACUAUAGUUCUGCGGAGGAAGUUUUCAGCCUCUCAGUUUUGGGACGACUGCAGGAAACACAAUGUGACUGUGAUUCAGUACAUCGGAGAAGUGAUGCGCUAUCUCUGCAACACCACAAAGAGAGAGAGCGAGCGGGAUCAUAAAGUCCGUCUGGCCAUCGGGAACGGGCUCCGCGCUGAGGUCUGGAGAGAGUUCGUCCUUCGAUUCGGAGACAUUCACAUCCGAGAGUUUUACGCCUCGACGGAAGGAAAUGUGGGUUUCAUCAACUACGCCGGCAAAAUUGGAGCCAUCGGGCGAGUCAACUUCAUUCAUGCGAAGUUGUUCCCGUUUGUGCUGAUAAAGUACGAUACAGAGCGUGACGAGCCGCUGCGAGGGGAGGACGGUCUCUGUCUGAAGGCCCCCAAAGGUGAGACCGGUCUCCUGGUGUGUAAGGUCACGGACAUCGCUCCGUUUGAAGGAUACGCUCAGAACCAGGAGCAGACGGAGAAGAAACGACUGCGGCACGUCCUCAAAACCGGAGACUUGUACUUCAACAGCGGAGACCUCAUGAGGAUCGACCAGGACAACUUCAUCUACUUCCAGGAUCGGGUUGGAGACACGUUCAGGUGGAAAGGUGAAAAUGUGGCCACAACUGAAGUGUCUGACAUCUUGACGAUCUGUGACUUUAUCAACGAAGCUAAUGUCUACGGUGUCCAGGUGCCAGGCCACGAGGGUAGAGUCGGGAUGGCUGCUGUCACGUUAAAAGAAGAUUUUGAUGGAAGAAUUCUGUACAGCCACAUGUGUGCGUAUCUGCCAUCGUAUGCACGCCCUCGCUUUGUGCGCACACAGGGUGCUGUGGAGGUGACCGGGACGUUCAAACAGAUGAAGCUGAAGCUGGUGCAGCAGGGCUUCGAUCCAAGACAAGUUCAGGACCCUCUGUUUGUGCUGGACGACCGUGAGAAGAGCUACCUGACCAUGACCAGCGACAUUUACCAAUCCAUCUUAUCAGGCCACACCAAACUAUGA